CUUUAUUCCUCCUUUUCCAAACAUGAAAGAAAAGGAGGUGCAGGAGCUCCACCCAUGUGUGUGCAGUACCUGCUCAGGUGCUCAAACAAUAAAAAGACUGUUCACUGUGAUAAAGGGGCACUUUCUCCAGAACAUUAGUGGAUGUUGUUGAUUCAACCUGCUGGCGGAGAUCACACUCUGAAGGAUUACUCGUCUUCAAAGAUGAUUAUGAUUAUGCUAAGAGCUUCCACCACCUUAGUUAUUUGCUGGAUUUUACUCUUUAUUGGUGUAAACUCGGUCAAUAUAUCUGCGGUGGACUCCACAACUGAGAGCACAGAUGCCUCGACGCCACACUCUUUAACAUCAGUUAUCAUGGACCUCCGCAUCACUAACCGUGUUUAUAAUGAGUCACUGGCUGACCAGCAAUCAGCAGAGUACACAACGCUCAAACAAGAACUGGAUCAACUGUUCGAUGAUAUUUACGCACUCUCAUAUAACAGCACUCAUCUGAUGUAUUUGGGGACAGAUGAGAUGAUCUUCAGUAACGGAUCUGUGAUCGCCACUUCUCGACUGCUGUUUGGGCCAACGCACGUCAGUCCAGAGCUUGUGAGAGGCAUCUUUUUGCCAGCGUACAAACAAAUUCCCUCACCAUCACUAGACAUCGACUUCAGCUACACUGACAGUAAAAAAACUGGCAACAAUGAUGAACUACCGACUGAAGGACCUUUUGAGGAAGAGAAGAACUUUAGCAGUCUGACAAUGACGACAUACAAAGACCCGCCUCUUUCGACCACGCCCCUAAUGACCACACCCCUUAAAUCCACUCCUGAUGCAGAAUCCCUCACCAGCCGCUCUCCAUCCACGCACACGCCCAACAUGUCCACUUCUGUUGGUGUAGAAAACAUUACACACUCCAACCACUCCACAUCCACCCUCUUUAACUCCACCACGGUGCACCCAACACCCAACGUAGUAACAAGUAACACAAGUACAUUAUACAGCACCACUGCAGAAACACCAACUGGCACCAUUACUACAGCUUCCAAUGGCACCACCAUCACUACAGUCCCAAAUGUCAGCACCGCCCCAUCAACAACCGGCACCACCACCCCUGCAGCCUCCACCAGCACCAUUACUUCUGUCAGGACCAGUUUAACAUCCGUCCACAGCACAGUUGGGAAUCCAACAACAAGCUCCACUCCAUUUACAACACGCUCCACCCCAAUUUCAACAGCUCCACCCCAAAAGACCACACCCAUGUAUUAUUCUCCUCCCACGAUCGCUGAUCUGGUGCCUGGAUGGGCGGUUGCCCUGUUAGCAUUGGUGGGCGUCAGUCUCUUCCUCCUCAUCCUCCUCAUCAUUCUGGUGGUGAUCUGGUGCUGUUGUCCAAAACGAAGGGUUUUUGUCAAUGAACCUGAAGAGAUGAAUCCACCCAUGUACUUCAGUCCAGACAUCCCCAUGUACUCCACGCAGAGCACGUUUGACACAACCAACGGCAAACAAGCGGAUGUCAGAGAAAAACCUCCAAAAAUCCGCACAGGAAUGUAUGUGGUAAACAAAUAAAAGAUACAGGUCCUCAGAGCACAACACUUUCAGUCCUCAGUGUGUAUGUGAGGAACGAGGAAACCUUUAAUGAAGAAUUACUGUCACACAAGUGGCUGUGAACAGCAGCUGAAGCUCAACAACAGACAGGAAGGGGAUUUUACAUGCCAUUGCUAUCUGUUUAGAAUAUAUAUUCCUACAGUAUACCUUUUGGACAAUGUAUUUUGUAACAUUUCGAAAUGGAUUGCGUGAUGACAAUAAUGAGAUAUGUAUAAACGAUGAUUUAGUCAAAUUAAAAGGAGUUUCUGAAAAUGAACAGGUGUUUGGAGUGUUGAGUUUUAUAAUGCAUAAUGAAAUUGAAAUUCUAAAAUCCCUGUGAUAAAAAUAUAUCAAAUUUAUUCAUUAAAAAAAUGUAUUUAAAAAAUGAUGUGGUUGCAACACUAAUGAAAAGCAGCCAUUUUGCCAAAAUUUGGGUUAAAAUGUUCUUUUAAUGCACUAUAUUGCAGUGUCAUUGAUCAUAACCGCAGAUCUAUACUGUAAAUUCAGCUUACUAGUACUGUUUGCACAUUCACAAAGAUGUGGCUCAUGUUUCUAAGCAGCAGAAUGAUCCGCUCGUUUGUGCAUCAAGUGACAAACUCAGUCUGAAGGAAAACGAACAAAACUACAGGUCAUGACAGAGGCUCUGUGUCACUUCAGGUCAAUUUCGGUUUAAAAGCACAAAGGGCAAAAAAUGUGCCAGGAAGUAUCCCGAUUAAGAAAUCAAAAUAUGGAGUGUUUGAACAGAGAGGACAGAGAGGGAGAGGCGAACACCACAGUUUAUCUGUAGUCAAAUGUAAUCUGUGAUGAAAUUGCAUUUUUCUCAUAUUUGAGUCUUAAAAGGCUCCGGUCAAACUUACUCUGAACCCACUUGCACAGGGAUUAAUAUGGUUACUGAAUUGAAAUAUUUUUUGUAA